AUGCCCACUACGCUUAGUAGUUCCAUCCCAGGGACACCAGACGGCUCUGACAGGGACAUUUCAUCACCUGGCACUUUGCCGUCUGGGCAGCCAAAACGCACUCAGCGCAUUCCUGAAAACGCUCAACCUUAUUUUGCCGAGUUAGCGGACAAGAAGAAGGAGCGCGCUAACCGGGCAGAAGUACAAAAGCAGAAGUCAGAGGCUAGUGCACGGCCCAAUGCAAAACAACCAACUCCCAUUGUUGAGCCCUCAGGUAAACGGCGUAAGGGCUACUUGACCAAUGAGCCCAUUGACUCAUCUAUUCUCACCAACAAAGAUGAACUCGUCAAUGAGACCAACAACAAGAUGCAAACUUGUUCCGUUCAAGACAAGCCCGUUGCCAGCAGCACAAUUACCCCACAUUCCACCCCCAAAAAUCCCAAGCGCCCCUAUAUCCCGACAACUCUCAAACGCGCGGAUUUGUCCAACCACACUACUAUCUACCCCAGCGCCACUCCAAACAACAAGCAAGGCCGCGAUCCAAGCAGGAAAAGACUGCCGUUGUCACCUCAAGGCAAAGUUCUGACGGGCAGUAGAAAAGACAAGGGGAAAGAGGUGGAACGCAUACAAACUCCAGCUACCUCCAAUGACCACCCGGUCCACCCUCCUGUUUCCACACCAAAGCCUGCUCCUAAAAACUCUCCCUCUCAACCUGCAUUGCAAGCCUUGCCCUCUACGUCGCCGGGAGCGGCAAAAGCCUUGUCCACUGGGAAGGUUUCAAAGUCAGCAGCGCCUAAGUCCAAACAAGCGCCCAAGCUCCCAACUGGAGGCGCGACUAGCACCAGCCAGGAUAAACGUUGGACAUCUGGACCUCAAGAACGUUGCAAGGAUGCCAACCCUCCGGCCCAAUUUCAGAACCGCGCCCCUGCUGACGGCGCUGGUCCUCCACCUCAAGGCAAGGCCCACCCUGCUGCCGCCACUGCCGCCACUGCCAACCAAGCCUCUUGCAAGCGCAAGAAGGGAAACAACGCUCAAGGGGGGAGUCAAGCACGCAAGGUUUCUGCCAAGACAGCCGCCAAAUCCCAACCUUCACAGCGCGAGGAGGACCCCAAGGAGGGCAAUGAGGGCAAUGGCAGCAAUAGUGAAGAAGGUGAAGUGGCCGCCAGUGGAGCUACGCUUACCAAGCACAAAGCAGCCAAGCUCAGUCGAUUUGGCAAAAUCAAGUGGCUUGUUUGGGAAGUAGCUAAACGAGUGCAGAUUUUGGCAUUCAAGGAGAACCCGUACGCAGAUAUUGCAAGGAAGCUUUCCAAUCCCAACCCUCAAGGCAAUUGCUGCAAUCUGGGAGUUUUAGCUCACGUCUGGGCUGCCGAGGCAUGGGGAAACGUUUGGAGGGAGAAGAACCUGGGCAACAAGCUGCCGCCCAAAAUGGAAGAUGCGCACCUUGAUUGGAUUAUUGGCCGGUUCUCUAAUUGGCGGCAUACUGCUAAAGCGGUCACAAAACCGUACAUCUCAUUGCACUAUCAGCUUGAUUGCAAUAAUCCGCCCGACAUCAACAAAAAGAAGGUCAAGGCAAUGGGCAAGGACGGAUUCCUCUCUCCGACCUUAACGCCAAAAGACCACCUAGCCUUUCGCAACGAGAUCUUUUGGCUAGCCAUUCGAGACGGCUGGUUUUUGACUCCAGGAACUUCAAUUGGCUUCAAACUGGCCAAACAUCUUCAACCAAUGCCACUGGGUAUUAUGGCCUUGAUUGCAACAAUGCUCCACUAUCACGUUGGCUUGUUCAAGACCGGUGUUGCUAAGUACAAGAAACUGAACGCUGAGCAGCAAUUGCCGUGGUUCAAUAUGUACAUGGCCAUCUUACGCAACAUAGGCUUGGAAGAUCACCUUGGACAAGACCUUGUGAAUUGGCGCGUAGAACUUUUUGACAGGUGCCACGGGACUGGUUAUCGUCAUGUACCGCCCGUGAUUGAGAUGCCAACGCAAGAGUAUCCCCCGGACACAUGCAAAGUUUAUGUUAGCAAGGUCCAACUAUAUUCAUUGGACAGCAAAGACUCCUUGGGCAGCUCUUCAAAGGAGGAAGAGGCAGGUCUUGGUAACUCACAGAUGUCCCUGCAGGGUAAUAGCUUGUCACCGCUGCCUGUGGAGAAGCUAACAGACGUGACACGCAAUCAACAACCGGUAGCGGGGCUGUUGGGAACGCAGCACUCCUUGCCGCCUGGAGAAUAUCCUGUGAGGUGUCAAAACACUCCUGUGGUUCAACAAGCAACUCAUGGCAAUUGGUCUUGUAGCUCGUCAAUUGAAAUCUGCUGGAUACCUGCUUGGGCAAAAACGCCUGUGGAUUCCAGCCUUCAAGAUGACAGUGAACAGCCCGUUGAGGAGCUUAUCUUUAUGGAGGAAUCUGAUGAUUAA